AUGCUGCUCCUUGCCCUCCUCUUUGGGGUAGCAUGGGCACUUACCAACGGGCGAUGGUGUGAGCAGACGGAGACCAUCCUGGUGGAGGAGGAAGUGGCCCCCCGGCAGGAGGACCUGGUGUCCUGCACCAGCCUCUACCAUUACCAGCGCCUGGGCUGGCGGCUGGACCUGUCCCGGAGUGGACGCGCGGGGCUCUGUCCCAUCUACAGGCCCCCAGAAACCCGGCCCGCUGCAUGGAACCGGACGGUGAGGGCUUGCUGCCCAGGCUGGGGGGGCAGCCACUGCACCCUGGCCCUUGCAGAAGCCAACGCAGAGGGCCACUGCUUUGCCACGCGGCACUGCCAGCCUGGGACAGGCUCGGCUAAUGCUUCUGCAGGAAGCCUGGAGGAAUGCUGUGCCCUGCCUUGGGGACAGAGCUGGAGGGAUGGCCGCUCCCAGGCCUGCCUCAGCUGCUCCAGCCAACAGCUCCCAGGUAGCACCCCCUCUCCAGCCCUCCUGCAGCCCAUGCCGGGGGCUGUGGCCCAGCUCUGGAGCCAGCGCCCGCGUCCCUCGGCCACCUGUGCCACCUGGUCCGGCUUCCACUACCGCACCUUUGACGGGCGCCACUACCACUUCCUGGGACGCUGCACCUACCUGCUGGCAGGAGCUGCUGAUUCCACCUGGGCUGUCCACCUCGAGCCCAGGGGCCAUUGUCCCCAGCCUGGGCACUGUCAGCUGGCCCGGGUGAUGAUGGGACCAGAAGAAGUGGUCAUCCGGGGAGGAGAUGUCUCUGUGAACGGGCAGCUGGUACCUGACGGGGAGUCUCGGUUGCUCCCUGGGCUGAGCCUGCAGUGGCAAGGCGACUGGCUGGUGCUGGCAGGCGGCCUGGGUGUUGUAGUGCGGCUGGACAGGUCCAGUUCGAUCUCCAUUUCCGUGGACCAUGAGCUCCAGGGACAGACUCGGGGCCUCUGUGGGGUCUACAAUGGCCGGCCUGAGGAUGAUUUCUCGGAGCCAGGCGGGGGGCUGGCUGCAUUAGCUGCUACCUUUGGGAAUUCCUGGAGGCUCCCCGACUCAGAGCCUGGGUGUCCGGAUGCGGCAGAGGCAGCCCAAGGCUGUGAGGACCCCCUGAGAGGCACAGAGGCAGACACAGAGGCUGGCCAGCUGCGGGCUGAAGCCCAGGAUGUGUGCCACCAGCUGCUGGACAGUCCAUUCAGGGAAUGCCACGCCCAGGUCCCCCCGGCUGAGUACCACGAGGCCUGCCUUUUCGCCUACUGUGCUGGGGCGGCAGCGGGCAGUGGGAGAGACGGCCGGCAGGAGGCUGUGUGCACCACCUUGGCCAGCUACGCCCGGGACUGUGGCAAGCAGGGCAUCUACCUGCGCUGGAGGAAGCCCGGCUUCUGCGAGCGCCUGUGCCUGGGGGGCCAGUUGUACGCGGACUGCGCCUCAGCCUGCCCGCCCAGCUGCUCCGCAGUGGGUGAGGGAGGGGAGGGCUCCUGCAGGGAAGAGUGCCUGAGUGGCUGCGAGUGCCCGCCGGGCCUCUUCUGGGACGGCGCCCUCUGUGUGCCUGCCUCCCGCUGCCCAUGCUACCACCGACGCCAGCGCUACGCCCCCGGGGACGUCGUGCGCCAGCUGUGCAACCCGUGCGUGUGCCAGGACGGCCGCUGGGUCUGCGCGCAGGCGCCGUGCCCCGCCGAGUGCGCGGUGGGCGGGGACGGACACUACCUCACCUUUGAUGGGCGGAGCUUCUUCUUCCGCGGCAGCCCGGGAUGCCGCUCCAGCCUGGUGCAGGACGUCGCCAAGGGGCAGCUGCUGAUUGCGCUGGAGCAUGCGGCCUGCGACUCUGGGAGCUGCCUCCACGCCAUCUCUGUCUCCCUGGGGGACACCCACGUCCAGCUCAGGGACUCAGGAGAUGUCCUGGCUGAUGGGCAGGACGUGGGCCUGCCCUGGAGUGGCUCCGUGGGCCUCAGUGUCUCCCGAGCUUCUUCUACCUUCCUGCUGCUGCGCUGGCCUGGGGCUCAGGUCCUCUGGGGGGUGUCUGACCCUGCAGCCUACAUCACCCUGGACCCCCGCUAUGCCCACCAGGUGCAGGGUCUGUGUGGCACCUUCACCUGGAACCAGCAGGACGACUUCCUGACACCUGCCGGCGACGUGGAGACCAGCAUUGCUGCCUUCGUCAGCAAGUUCCAGCUGGCAGGCGAGGGGAGGUGCCCCUCAGAGGACAGCACCCUGCUUCCCCCCUGCAGCGCCCACCCUCAGCGCCACGUUUUUGCAGAAACAGCCUGCGCCGUCCUGCAUGGCCCAGCCUUCCAGGAAUGCCAUGGGCUAGUGGACAGGGAGCCGUUCCACCUGCGCUGCUUGGCAGCCGUGUGUGGCUGUGCCUCUGGCAGGGACUGUCUGUGCCCCGUGCUCGCUGCCUAUGCCCGACGCUGUGCCCAGGAGGGUGCCUCAUCCCCCUGGAGGAACCAGACCCUCUGCCCUGUCCUGUGUCCUGGGGGCCAGGAGUACCAGGAGUGCGCCCCGGUGUGCGGUCGAAGCUGUGGGGAGCCAGAAGACUGUGGGGAGCUGGGCGGCUGUGUGGCUGGUUGUAACUGCCCCUUGGGGCUGCUCUGGGACGCCGAGGGCCAGUGUGUGCCCCCCAGCUUGUGCCCCUGUCAGCUCGGAGCCCGUCGCUAUGCCCCUGGCAGUGCCACCAUGAAGGACUGCCACCGCUGUGUCUGCCAGGAGAGGGGCCUCUGGAACUGCACUGCUCGCCGCUGCGCCCCACAGCGGGCAUUCUGCCCAGGUGAGCUUGUCUACGCCCCCGGCGCCUGCCUCCUCACCUGUGACAGUCCAGGGGCUGAGCACACCUGCGCGCCAGGCAGCACAGGGGGCUGUGUCUGCCCUCCGGGCACUGUGUGGCUGGACGAGCGCUGUGUGCCUCCUGAGCUCUGUCCCUGUCGCCAUGGUGGACAGUGGUACCCACCCAACGCUACCAUCCAGGAGGACUGCAAUGUUUGCGUGUGCCGGGGCCGGCAGUGGCACUGCACGGGCCAGCGGUGUGGUGGAUGGUGCCAGGCCUCGGGUGCCCCCCAUUACGUGACAUUUGAUGGGCUGGUCCUCACUUUCCCCGGGGCCUGCGAAUAUCUGCUGGUGCGAGAGGCCAGUGGCCAGUUCACGGUGUCAGCCCAGAACCUGCCCUGCGGGGCCAGCGGCCUCACCUGCACCAAGGCGCUCACCGUGCGACUGCAGAGCACCGUCGUGCACAUGCUCAGAGGCCGGGCAGUGACGGUGAAUGGGGUGAGCAUCACGCCCCCCAAGGUCUACACGGGCCCUGGGCUGAGCCUGCGCCGUGCUGGCCUCUUCCUGCAGCUCGCCACCCGCCUGGGCCUCACGCUGCUCUGGGAUGGAGGCACCCGGGUGCUGGUGCAGCUGUCUCCGCAGUUCCGAGGCCGUGUGGCCGGGCUGUGUGGGGACUUCGAUGGGGACGCCAGCAACGACCUGCGGAGCCGCCAGGGGGUCCUGGAGCCCACCGCCGAGCUGGCCGCCCACUCCUGGCGCCUCAGUCCGCUCUGCCCGGAGCCAGGGGACGUGCCGCACCCCUGCACCGUGAACAGCCGCCGGGCUGCCUGGGCUCGCGCUCGCUGUGGGGUGCUGCUGCAGUCGCUCUUUGCCUGGUGCCACCCAGAGGUGCCCCCGCAGCAGCACUAUGAGUGGUGCCUGUACGACGCGUGCGGCUGUGAUUCAGGGGGUGACUGUGAGUGUCUCUGCUCGGCUAUUGCCGCCUACGCAGACGAGUGUGCCCGGCACGGGCUCCACGUGCGCUGGCGCAGCCAGGACCUCUGCCCUCUGCAGUGUGAAGGGGGCCAGGUGUAUGAGGCCUGUGGCCCCACGUGUCCCCCCACCUGCCAUGACCAUGGUCCUGAAUCCGGGUGGCAUUGCCAGGCCGUCACCUGUGUGGAGGGCUGCUUCUGCCCCGAGGGGACCCUGCUGCACGGAGGAGUCUGCGUGGAGCCGACAUCCUGCCCCUGUGAGUCGGGGGGCAGCUUCUUCCCUCCGGGGACCGUGCUGCAGAAGGACUGCGGGAACUGCACGUGCCAGGAAAGUCGAUGGCUUUGUGGGGGCCACGGUACUCGCUGUGAGGAGCUGGCGCCUGGCUGCGCGGAGGGAGAGGCCCCAUGUCAGGAAAGUGGGCGCUGUGUGCCCCAUGAGUGGCUUUGUGACAACCAGGACGACUGUGGCGAUGGCUCAGACGAGGAAGGCUGUGCCACCCCAGGCUGUGGGGAGGGGCAGAUGUCUUGCAGCUCUGGCCGCUGCCUACCCCUGGCCCAGCUCUGCGAUGGGCAGGAUGACUGUGGAGACGGGACCGAUGAGCAGGGCUGCCCGUGCCCCCAGGACUGGGUGGCCUGUGCUGACAGGCGGUGUCUGCCCCCGGCCCUGCUCUGCGACGGGCACCCCGACUGUCCAGAUGCUGCUGACGAGGAGUCCUGUCUUGGGCAGGUGAACUGCACCCCUGGGGAGGUGUCCUGCGUGGAUGGCACCUGUGUGGGGGCCAUCCAGCUGUGCGACGGAAUCUGGGACUGCCCAGAUGGAUCAGAUGAGGGGCCUGGGCACUGACCCCUCCCCUCUCUGCCCAUCCCCCCAGCUGGCACCUUGCCCAGCCCCUCGGCUGGCUCCUGGGAGACUCCACCAACUCCCCCGGCCAGCGCCAGCCCUGGCUCCACCCAGCUGCCCCCAUGCGGUGACCUCUUCUCCUGUGCCUUGGCUCCCCAAGUGUGCCUGCACCCAGAGCGGCUCUGCGAUGGGGUCCCUGACUGUCCCCAGGGCGAGGAUGAGCUGGCCUGUGAGGGGCUGCCAGCCCCAGGAGGCCCCAACGGGACACGGGCUCCCUGCCCAGAGUACUCCUGCCCUGAUGGCCUGUGCAUCGGCUUCCAGCUGGUGUGCGAUGGGCAGCCUGACUGUGACCUGGCGGGCGAGGCGGGCCCCUCCCCAGAAGAGCAGGGUUGUGGGGCCUGGGGCCCCUGGAGCCCGUGGGAGCCCUGCAGCCGGACGUGCGGGCCCGGGGUGCAGGCCCGGAGCCGCCUCUGCUCCCCGCCCGGGCUCCCGGUGCUGCGGCACUGCCCUGGCCCCGAGCUCCAGACCCAGGCCUGCUUCACGGCCGCCUGCCCAGUGGACGGCGAAUGGGCCUCCUGGACGCCCUGGUCCUCAUGCCCUGAGCCGUGCACGGGCACCAUGGCCCGGCAGCGGCAAUGCCGCCCGCCCCAGAACGGGGGCCGGACCUGCGCCCUGCUGCCCGGGGGCCCCCACAGCGCCCGCCAGACCCAGCCCUGCCCUCAGGACAGCUGCCCCAAUGCCACCUGCUCUGGAGAGCUGGUGUUCUGGCCCUGCGCCCCUUGCCCUCUGACCUGCGAUGACAUCUCAGGUCAGGUGGCGUGCCCCACUGACCGGCCUUGCAGCAGCCCAGGCUGCUGGUGCCCUGCGGGGCAGGUGCUGGGCGAUGAGGGCCGGUGUGUGUGGCCCAGACAGUGCCCCUGCCUGGUGGACGGUGCCCGCUACCGGCCUGGACAGCACGUCAAGGCCGACUGCCAGCUCUGCAUCUGCCGAGACGGGCGGCCCCAGAGCUGCCGGCCCAACCCUGACUGUGCUGUGAACUGUGGCUGGUCAUCCUGGUCCCCCUGGGCUGAGUGCCUGGGCCCCUGUGGGAGCCGGGGCAUUCAGUGGUCUUUCCGGAGCCCCAACAACCCCCGCCUCUCGGGCCAGGGUCGCCAGUGCCGGGGCAUCUACCGCAAAGCCCGCAGGUGCCAGACCGAGCCCUGUGAAGGCUGCGAUCACCUUGGGCGGGUCCACCGCGUCGGGGAGCGCUGGCGAGGGGGCCCCUGCGUGGUCUGCCAGUGUCUGCACGGUGGCACUGCACGCUGCUCCCCCUACUGCCCACUGGGCAGCUGCCCCCAGGGCUGGGUCUUGGUGGAAGGAGGGGGAGAAUCAUGCUGUCGCUGUGCUCCGCCCGGGAAGGGGCGAGUGAGCCAUGUGCCAGCCUCCAAGGCGCCUCUCCCGAGUCCUGGGGAAUCUGUGCAGACCACGACCGUCACCCCCACAUCCCAGCCCGAGGCCAAGGCCCUGCAACCAGGAACAGCUGCCGUGACAGCACCGCCCCCCCACCUAGUGCCUCCAGUGGCCCCUACCAGCCAGAGCGUCGCCCCAGGGCCCUUCCCGCCCGUGCAGUGCAGCCCAGGGCAGGUGCCUUGCGAGGUGCUGGGCUGCGUGGAGCAGGAGCAGCUGUGUGACGGGAAAGAGGACUGUCUGGAUGGCUCCGACGAGAGGCUCUGUGCUCAGUCACUUACGCUCUCCUCUCCCUCGCCGGCGGCAGGUGCUCUGCCUUUCACGGUGCCCACCACGGCCCUGCCUGGGCUGCCGGCCUCGAGAGCUCUCUGCUCUCCGAGACAGCUGGCCUGUGGCAGUGGGGAGUGUCUGCCCGCCGAGCGGCGCUGUGACCUGCGGCCAGACUGUGAGGAUGGCUCGGACGAGGAGGGCUGUGUGGACUGUGGGCUGGCGCCUUGGUCUGGCUGGAGCAGCUGCAGCCGCAGCUGUGGCCUGGGCAUCGCCUUCCAGCACCGGGAGGUGCUUCGGCCUCCCCUGGUGGGGGGCAGCUGCCCAGAUGACCGGCGGCGCAGCCAGCCCUGCUUCGUGCAGGCCUGCCCAGUGGCUGGGGCCUGGACAGUGUGGGAGGCUUGGGGACCCUGCAGCGUCUCUUGUGGGGGUGGCCAUCGGAGUCGCCAGAGGAGGUGCAUGGACCCCCCACCCAAGAAUGGAGGCGCCCCCUGUCCUGGGGCCCCCCAAGAGAGGGCGCCCUGCAGCCUGCAGCCCUGCACGGGGGGUACAGACUGCGGGCCGGGCCGUGUGCACGUGAGUGCCGAGCUGUGCCGGAGAGGGCUGGUGCCCCCGUGCCCGCCCUCCUGCCUGGACCCCGAGGCCAAGGGCAGCUGCGGCGGGCACUGUCUGGAGGGGUGCCGCUGCCCUCCUGAGCUGCUCCUCCAUGAGGCACACUGCCUGCCCCUUGCCGAGUGCCCCUGCCUCGUGGGCGGAGAGCUGAAGCAGCCGGGGCUGCCCUUCCUUCUGGACAACUGCAGCCGAUGCGUGUGUGAGCAGGGGGCACUGCGGUGUGAGCCUGGGGACUGCCCUGUGCCCUGCGGCUGGUCAGCCUGGUCCUCCUGGAGUCCCUGUGACCGCUCCUGCGGCUCUGGAGUGAGGGCCAGGUUCAGGUCACCCUCCAACCCUCCGGCUGCUUACGGGGGUGCUCCUUGUGAAGGCGACAGACAGGAGCUGCAGGCCUGCCACACCGAGUGCGGGACAGUGUCAAGGGUCUGGAAUCUGGGGGGCCCCUGGUCUGCCUGCUCGGCGCCCUGUGAUGGAGGCAUCCAGACACGUGGACGCAGCUGCUCUGCCUCGGCCCCUGGGGACCCUGAGUGCCAGGGACCCCACAGCCAGACCAGGGACUGCAACACGCAGCCCUGUUCAGCCCAGUGCCCAGGGGACAUGGUGUUCCGCUCAGCCGAACAGUGCCGCCAGGAGGGGGGCCCAUGCCCUCGGCUGUGCCUGGCGCAGGACCCUGGGGUGGAAUGCACCGGCUUCUGUGCCCCUGGCUGUGCCUGCCCUCCUGGCCUCUUCCUGCACAAUGCCAGCUGCCUGCCCCGCACCCAGUGCCCCUGCCAGCUGCACGGGCAGCUCUACGCACCGGGAGCGGUGGCUUCGCGGGACUCCUGCAACAACUGCACCUGCGUCUCUGGCGAGAUGGCGUGCACCUCGGAGCCCUGCCCAGUGGCCUGUGGCUGGAGCCCCUGGACCCCAUGGAGCCUCUGCAGCCGCAGCUGCAACGUGGGUAUCCGGCGACGCUUCCGGGCGGGCACCGCGCCCCCAGCUGCCUUUGGGGGGGCUCCGUGCCAGGGUCCCGACAUGGAGGCUGAAUUCUGUAGCCUGCAGCCAUGCAGAGGUCCUGGUGGGGAGUGGGGCCCUUGGUCUCCGUGCUCCGUGCCCUGCGGUGGUGGCUUCCGGAACCGCACCCGAGGCAGUGGCCCGAACAGCCCUGUGGAUUUCUCCACCUGUGGCCUGCAGCCCUGUGCAGGGCCAGUGCCUGGCGUGUGUCCCAUGGACAAGCUGUGGCGGGACUGUGCCCAGGGCCCUGCCUCCUGUGCAGAGCUCAGUGCCCCACGAGAGACUAACCAGACCUGCCAGCCUGGCUGCUACUGCUCGCCUGGGAUGCUCCUGCUGAACAACGUGUGCGUGCCCGCCCGGGACUGCCCCUGCGUCCACAGGGGACGGCUCCACGCCCCGCGCAGUGCCGUGCUCCGUCCCUGUGAGAACUGCUCCUGUGUGUCUGGGCUCGUCACCGACUGCACGCCCCGGCCCUGUGAGGAGGGUCUGCCCGUGUGGUCUCCGUGGACCCCGUGGAGCGAGUGCUCGGCCUCCUGUGGCCCUGCCCGACGCCAUCGGCACCGCUUCUGUGCUGGGCCCCUCAGUGUGGUGCUGUCCAGCGGGGCACCGCUGCCCCCGGCAGCCUCGCCCGCUCCUCUUUGCCCAGGCCCCGAGGCCGAGGAGGAGCCCUGCCUCCUGCCAGGGUGUGACCGAGCUGGGGGCUGGGGUCCUUGGGCUCCCUGGUCCAGCUGUAGCCGGAGCUGUGGGGGAGGCCUUCGGAGCCGAACUCGAGCCUGCGACCAGCCCCCACCCCAGGGCCUGGGAGAUUACUGCGAGGGGCCCCAGGCCCAGGGGGAGGCCUGCCAGGCCCUGUCAUGCCCAGUGACCGACUGCGCCUCCACUGAAGGGGCCGAGUACAGUCCCUGUGGGCCUCCCUGUCCUCGCUCCUGUGAUGACCUCGUGCACUGUGUGUGGCGCUGCCAGCCUGGCUGCUACUGCCCCCCGGGCCAGGUGCUGAGUGCCGACGGGGCCCUCUGCGUGCAGCCCGGCCACUGCAGCUGCCUGGACCUGCUGACCGGGGAGCGGCACCGCCCGGGCGCUCGGCUGGCGAGGCCGGACGGCUGCAACCGCUGCACCUGCUCAGAGGGGAGGCUGAACUGCACAGACCUACCUUGCCCAGUUCCCGGCAGCUGGUGCCCGUGGUCGGAGUGGACAGCCUGCUCCCAGCCCUGCGGGGGCCAGACAAGGACCCGCUCCAGGGCCUGCGCCUGUCCUGCUCCUCGGCACGGAGGGUCCCCGUGCCCUGGGGAGGCAGAGGAGGCCGGGGCUCAGCACCAGAGCGAGACCUGCCCCAGCCCCUCCACGUGCCCAGCGGACGGCGCCUGGAGCCCAUGGGGACCAUGGUCUCCCUGUGACGCGUGCCUGGGCCAGUCCCACAGGACUCGGGCAUGUAGCUGGCCCCCCACCCCUGAGGGGGGCAGGCCCUGCCCCGGGGGCCACAGGCAGAGUCGCCCCUGCCAGGACAAUUCCACACAGUGCACAGACUGCGGGGGUGGCCAGGCUCUUCUCCCCUGCGGGCACCCCUGCCCCCGAUCCUGCCAGGACCUGUCCCCUGGGAGCGUGUGCCAGCCAGGCUCGACGGGCUGCCAGCCCAGCUGCGGGUGUCCCCCCGGCCAGCUGUCCCAGGACGGCCUCUGUGUGGCCCCUGCCCAGUGCCGAUGCCAGUACCAGCCCAGAGCCAUGGGGAUCCCUGAGAACCGGAGUCGGUCAGCAGGGUCUGCUCUCAGCUCCUGGGAGAGCCUGGACCCCGGAGAGGUGGUGGCUGGGCCGUGUGACAACUGCACCUGCGUGGCGGGCACUCUGCGGUGCCAGGAGGUUCCCGGCUGCCCGGGCCCCGGGGUGUGGGGCUCUUGGGGCCACUGGGAGGACUGCAGCGUCUCGUGCGGGGGAGGGGAGCAGCUGCGUUCUCGGAGCUGUGCCCGGCCCCCCUGCCCCGGGCCUGCCCGCCAGAGCCGCCUCUGCCACACCCAGGUCUGCAGAGAGGCGGGCUGCCCGGCCGGACGUCUGUACCGGGAGUGCCAGCGUGGAGAGGGGUGCCCCUUCUCCUGUGCCCACGUCACUCAGCAGGUGGCCUGCUUCUCCGGUGGCUGUGAGGAGGGCUGCCACUGCCCCGAGGGCACCUUCCAGCACCGCUCGGCCUGCGUCCAGGAGUGCCCCUGCGUGCUGACAGCCUCAUUGCUGCAGGAGCUGGGAGCUGCCAGCGCUGACCCUUGGGCUCACCCGCCCGUUCUGGGAGACGGCGGUCAGCCCCUUGGGCCUGGAGAUGAGUUGGAUUCAGGCCAGAUCCUCCAUACCGGUUGCAGCAACUGCUCCUGCCUUCAUGGGAAGCUGUCUUGCUCCGCGGGCGACUGCUCCAAGGCUGGAGGUGGCUUCGGUCCCUGGGGGCCUUGGGGCCCGUGCUCCCGCUCCUGUGGUGGGCUGGGCACCCGCACCCGCACCCGCUCAUGUGGUGGCCCAUCGCCCGCUGCCGGCGGCCAGGGCUGCCGUGGGCCCCUGCAGAACCUCGGGUACUGCCUCAGCCCGGACUGCCCAGGGGCUGCAGGGUCCACGGUGGAGCCGAUGACAGGCCUUCCAGGUGGCUGGGGCCCGUGGUCCCCAUGGUCCCCCUGCUCCCGAAGCUGCACAGACCCUAUGCUCCCUGCUUGGCGCGGCCGCACCCGCCUCUGCCUGGCGAACUGCACCGGGGGGCACACUUCACAGGAGCGCCCUUGCAACCUGCCCUCCUGUACAGAGCUGGCCCUGUGCCCUGGCCCUGGCUGCGUGGCCGGGAACUGUUCCUGGACUGCCUGGGCCCCCUGGGAGCCCUGCUCCCGCAGCUGUGGGGUGGGCCAGCAGCGCCGCCUGCGAGCGUACCGUCCCCCAGGGCCCGGCGGGCACUGGUGCCCCGACAUCCUCACGGCUUACCUGGAGCGCCGCUUCUGCAGCCUGCGUGCGUGCCCAGUGCCCGGAGGCUGGUCACGCUGGAGCCCCUGGUCCUGGUGUGACCGGAGCUGUGGGGGUGGCCGAUCCCUGAGGAGCCGCAGCUGCUCGAGCCCCCCACCCAAGAAUGGGGGUGCCCCCUGUGCUGGGGAGAGGCACCAGGCUCGACUCUGUAACCCCAUGCCCUGUGAGGGCGGCUGCCCAGCAGGCAUGGAGGUGGUCAGCUGUGCCAACCGCUGCCCACGACGCUGCUCGGACCUACAGGAGGGGAUCGUGUGCCAGGACGGCCCGGCCUGCCAGCGGGGCUGCCGCUGUUCCGAGGGCUCACUGGAGCAGGACGGCGGCUGCGUGCCGAGCGGGCACUGUGAGUGCACAGACGCCCAGGGCCACAGCUGGGCCCCGGGCAGCCGGCACCAGGAGGCCUGCGGCAACUGCACGUGCCAGGCGGGACAGCUGUCCUGCACGGCGCAGGCCUGCCCGCCCCCUGCCCACUGCGCCUGGAGCCGCUGGUCAGCCUGGAGUCCCUGCAGCCACUCGUGUGGGCCCGCGGGGCAGCAGAGCCGGUUCCGGUCCUCCACGUCUGGCUCCUGGGCCCCGGAGUGUCGGGAGGAGCAGUCCCAGAGCCAGCCCUGCCCUCAGCCCCCAUGCCCACCCCUGUGCCUGCAUGGUGGCCGUCCCCGAAGCCUGGGGGACAGCUGGCGGCAGGGCGAGUGCCAGCAGUGCUCCUGCACCCCGGAGGGCGUGCUGUGUGAAGACGUGGACUGUACAGUGCCCGGGGCCUGGACGCUGUGGGCCCCCUGGUCUGACUGCCCUGUCUCCUGUGGAGGCGGGACCCAGGCCCGCACCCGAGUCUGCACAGCCUCAGCCCCUCACCACACAGUGCCCUCCUGCCUUGGCCCCGACACCCAGAGCCAGCGCUGCGGGUGGCAGCCUUGCCCAGGGCUGCGGGCCGCCUGCUCCUGGGGCCUCUGGGGGCCCUGUUCUCAAAGCUGCGGCCCAGGCUUGGCCUCCCGCUCUGGGUCCUGCCCCUGCCCGCUGGCCGAGGCCAACCGGACCUGUAAUGGCAGCUUCUUCCACCUGGACACCCAGGCCUGCUACCCGGGGCCCUGCCUGGAGGAGUGCGUGUGGAGCAGCUGGAGCAGCUGGACGCGAUGCUCGUGCCAGGUGCUGGUCCAGCAGCGCUACCGACACCAGAGGCCAGUGCCCGGAGGGGCGGGGGAGGGCGCCCUCUGCACCCGCCUGGACGGCCACUUCCGGCCUUGCCGCAUUGGGAACUGUUCUGGUGAGGCCCCAGGAGCAAGGAGCCCGGAAGCUGCACCCUGGCAGGGCGCACGGUGCCGGCGUGCGUGUGCGUAGAUGCUGCCACACAGCCCUGUCCCUGUGUCCCCUCCUGCACAGGGGCUGUUGGAGCAGACUGGGGGCUGUGUCCCUGCAGAGCAGUGUAGCUGCCAGCACAUCUCAGGAGGAGUUAGGGUGACCCUGGCCCCUGGGGACCACCUGCGCCUGGGCUGUAAAGAGUGUGAAUGCCAGCACGGAGAGCUGCAGUGCACCAGCCAGGGCUGUCAAGGUCUUCUGCCUCUGAGCGGCUGGUCUGAGUGGUCACCCUGUGGGCCCUGCCUGCCCGCCAGUGUCCUGGCCCCUGCCUCCAGGGCCGCCUUAGAGGAGCGGUGGCCGCAGGACCCAGCUGGCCUCUCUCCCACCUUGGCACCUUUGCUGGCUUCAGAGCAGCACCGCCACCGCCUCUGUUUGGACCCUGAGACAGGGAGGCCGUGGGCCGGGGACCCGGACCUCUGCACGGGGCCGCUCAGCCAGCAGCGCCUCUGCCUGGACCCUGGAGCCUGCGGCGACUUGUGCCAGUGGAGUCCUUGGGGGCCCUGGAGCCCCUGCCAAGUGCCCUGCAGUGGGGGGUUCCGGUUACGCUGGAGAGAGGCAGAGGGCCCCGCCAGAGGAGGUUGCCGGGGGCCAUGGGCUCAGACCGAGAGCUGCAACACGGGGCCCUGCCCAGGGGAGAGCUGUGAGGCCCGGGAGACCGUGCUCACCCUUGGCUGUGCCAACCAGUGUCCUAGAAGCUGUGUCGACCUCUGGGACCGUGUGCAGUGUCUGCAGGGACCGUGCCGCCCAGGCUGCCGUUGUCCCCCUGGCCACCUGGUACAGGACGGGCGCUGCGUGCCCAUUUCCUCCUGUCGCUGCGGCCUCCCCAGCUCCAACGCCUCCUGGGUGCUGGCCCCCGCCGAGGUGGUGCGCCUGGACUGCAGGGACUGCACCUGCAUCAAUGGGUCCCUGGUGUGCCCACCCCGUGAGUGCCCAGUCCUUGGGCCGUGGUCAGCCUGGAGCCGCUGCUCGGCUCCCUGUGGUUGGGGCACCACUGAGCGCCAUCGGAGCUGUGACGAGGGUCCUGGGGGGACGCCAUGCCAGGCCCAGGACACAGAGCAGCGGCAGGAAUGUAACCUGCAGCCCUGCCCUGAGUGCCCACCUGGCCAGGUGUUCGGGGCCUGUGCCACCUCGUGCCCACGCCUCUGCUCACAUCUUCGGCCCGGCGCCCUCUGCGUGCCUGAGCCCUGCCAGCUUGGCUGUGGCUGCCCUGGAGAGUGGCUGCUGCACAAUGGCACCUGUGUGCCCCCUGCCGCGUGUCCCUGUGCCCAGCUCUCUCUGCCCUGGGGCCUCACCUUGACCCCUGAAGAGCAGGCCCAGGAGCUGCCCUCGGGGACUGUGCUCACCCAGAACUGCACCCGCUGUGUCUGCCGAGGUGGAGCCUUCAACUGCUCCCUCGAUGACUGUGAGGAGUGCCCCCCUGGGGAAGUGUGGCAGCAGGUGGCCCCUGGAGAGCCGGGGCCCUGCGAGCGGACGUGCCAGGAGCUCGAUGCCACUGAGGCCCAGGGCAACUGCAGCGCGGGGCAGGCCCAAGGCUGCGUGUGCCGGCGCGGGCACUUCCGCAGCCAGGCAGGCCCCUGCGUGACCGCAGACCGCUGUGAAUGCUGGCGCCACGGGCGUCCCCACCCGCCCGGAUCCGAGUGGCAGGAGGCCUGUGCGAGCUGCCGCUGCCUCGGUGGCAGGAGCGUCUGCGCCCAGCACUGCCCGCCGCUCGCCUGUGCCCAGGGCGAGGUGAUCGUGCAGGAGCCAGGGAGCUGUUGUCCCUCUUGUCACCGGGAGACUCUUGCGGAGCGGUCAGCCUCCUGCCAGCGCCUCACCGAGCUUCGAAACCUCACCAAGGGCCCGUGCUACCUGGACCAGGUGGCAGUGAGCUACUGCAGCGGGCACUGCCCGUCCAGCACCAAUGUCAUGCCUGAGGAGCCGUACCUGCAGAGCCAGUGCGACUGCUGUAGCUACCGCCUGGACCCCGAGAGCCCCGUGCGGCUCCUGCACCUACGCUGUCCGGGCGGCCACAUGGAGCCUGUGGUGCUGCCCGUCAUCCACAGCUGCCAGUGCAGCGCCUGCCAGGGAGGCGACUUCUCAAAGCGCUGA